UUCACAGUAGCACGCUGUCAAAUGAAACAGCCGAGCAAAGCAUUUAAUAAGAAAACUUUGUGUAACAGGCGGUGAUUUAUUGUUGUCUUUGUAAAUUAAUGACAGUGUGGCUUCUUCUGUUGUGGUGGUGAUUAAACAGUUUGAGUGUCAUAAUGGAGGAAGAUGAUGACUGUCCAGAGUUAGUGCCCAUCGACACCCAGUCUGAUCCCCCUACCCGGCAGAUACCGGUCACAAUCAUCACAGGCUACCUAGGUGCUGGAAAGACUACACUCUUAAACUACAUUUUAACAGAGCAACAUAACAAGCGGAUUGCUGUCAUUCUCAAUGAAUUUGGAGAAGGUAGCGCCCUUGAGAAGUCCCUUGCAGUGAGCCAAGCAGGAGAGCUGUAUGAGGAAUGGCUGGAGCUGAGAAAUGGCUGUCUCUGUUGCUCUGUCAAGGAUAAUGGUCUUAAAGCCAUUGAAAACUUGAUGGAAAAGAAAGGAAAAUUUGAUUACAUCCUACUGGAAACCACAGGACUUGCUGAUCCAGGAUCUGUGGCCUCCAUGUUCUGGGUCGAUGCAGAGCUUGGCAGUGAUAUCUAUUUGGAUGGCAUCGUCACUGUCAUCGAUGCAAAGUAUGGUCUACAGCAACUAUCAGAAGAAAAAGCAGACGGACUUGUCAAUGAAGCAGCUAGACAGAUUGCUGUUGCUGACUUGACCAUAAUCAACAAGACGGACCUGGUGAAUGAAAAGGAACUAAAUCAUAUCAGAGACACUGUCAGGUCAAUAAAUGGUCUCGUCAAGAUUCUCGAAACCCAGAGAUCAAGGGUGGACCUUGCUGAAGUCCUGGAUCUGCAUUGCUUCGACAGUAAGGAUGGAGCAAAGUUUGCUGAGAAGCUCCAGCUUGUGAAACCUACAAGACCACAUCUUGACAAGAGUAUUUUGACUGUGACGUUUGAAGUCUCUGGAGAUCUCUCUGAGGAAGCCUUGAAUACCUUCAUCCAAGAUCUGCUUUGGGAAAAGAAGUUCUGUAAUAAAGAAAGAGAACCCAUGACUGUCAUCCGGUUAAAGGGCAUAGUUUCAUUUGCAGGUAAAGCCCAUCAAAUGAUGCUGCAGGGGGUCCACGAGCUGUACGAGCUCAAUGAGACUCCACAGCUUUGGGAGGAGAACCCGCGGAUCAACCGGCUGGUCUUUAUAGGUAGGAACCUGGACAAGGACAUCCUGCAGGAAAAAUUCAUUUCUAAUGUUAUGUUGGUUGCUGAAAACAAGUAGCUAGAAGCCUCUUUUUCUCUUUAAAUUCUGGAACAAAAACUAUGGCACUAACUAUGCCUAAAGCUGAGCUUGUCCUUCAGACAUACUGUACUUCUCUGUGACCACAAGAUGUUGCAUAGGAUGACUAAAAGUAACUGUAUCGAUAUGAUAGUUGAGAGUUUUGAUAAUCCAUCACAGCUUUUUUUUCAUAUAAACGACAAUAACAGUGUUUAAUCAUUUUAGACAUGAUCUAAUUAUGACUUCCAAGAAAAGAAAGCUAAAGUUUUUGCAUGCACAAAAGAUACUGCAAAGGUUUAGGAGUGUGAACAACACAUUGUGUUCACUUGUAGAAAGCUGUCCCUGCACCUGUCACUAUGUGGUGUAUUAGAAGGUUGGGCUUACAGUAGUCCUGUUUACCUUUGACUUUUCUUAAUUCUGUGAUUUCAGAUGAUUGAGAAUAAAGUUUUCUUCUGAA